AUGACCGAGGUAUCGUCCACGCGCCUCUACCUAGGCAACCUCCCGCGCAAUGCCACCAAGGCCGAUGUCGAAGGCCACUUCGCGUCGCACGGCACUGGCGAGAUCACUGAGAUCAAGCUCAUGAACGGAUUCGGCUUCAUCGAGUACAAGGACGCAAUGGAUGCUCGUGAUGUCGUCCCUGCAUUCCAUGGUACCGAUUUCAUGGGCGAGCGCCUCAUCGUCCAGUUCGCUCGCGGCUCGCGUGCCCGUAACGAGAACUUCACUCCCCAUGAGCGCGUUCCCCCGCGUCCUAGGCGCACACCAUACCGGAUGAGAAUAGCAAAUCUUCCUGUGGAGACCAGCUGGCAGGACCUCAAAGAUUUCGCCCGCCAGUCUGGAUUGGACGUCGUCUACUCCGAAGUUGGCCGCGAACGGGAUGGCUCUGGAUUCGUAGAGUAUGAGACGGCCGCCGAUCUGAAGACCGCAGUGGAGAAGCUGGACCGCCGUGAGUUCAAGGGGCAGGAAGUUACCUGUAUCCAGGACGUCUCCGAUCCUCCCCCACCUCCACCUUUCAAGCCUCGCGCUCCUUACGGAGGCCCUGGUGGUCCUGAUGACCGGGGCCGUGAUAGAUACCGAUCCCGCUCCCCCAUGGGCCGUCGCGGUGGCGGAUACCCACCCGCGCCAUAUGACGACUACUACGACCGUCGCGGUCCCCCUCGUGGCUACAGCCCCCGCCGCGAUGACUAUCGCCGACGCACACCUCCCCGCGAGUUUUAUGACAGGCGUGAUGGUGGUUAUGGACGUUCGCCGCCUCGUGGUCGCAUGCCUGAUGAGUAUGGCCCACCGCGCGCGCGUUACCCUGACGAUCCUUAUGAUGCUAGGGCCCGACCUCCUCCCCGUGGUUACGAUGACCCAUACAUGAACGGUCAUGGACGCCCUUACGAAGGCGGACGACCACCGUCCCCACGUGGUGCUCGUCCCCGUAGCCCCGGAGGCCGCCCACCUUACGAAGGUGCAGCGGCUGAUUACCCACCCCGCCGCUACUAG